AUGUCGAAUUUGAACCCGACGGUAAGAACCGAUCUCCAUGGCCCAGUGCUCACAUUUUUCAUAGUUUUGAGCUCGGCCAUCGGCUCGUUUCUCUUUGUAUGUUCCGUGACCCUAGGCGCCAAUAUCUACCACCUCCGAGACAUUUUCAGCGGUCGAGAAAAAGCCAACAGACCCAAAAAAGAAAACGCUGUGGCAAACUAUUCCCCCGUGGAGCCGUACCCGAACGUAGAUAAACUCAAGAUCACACGUGACUUGCGAUACUAUGCACAAUUGUUGGACUUGGACUUGGAGGAGCGUGAAAUCACCACCAAGGACGGCUACGUUCUAGUUUUGCACCGGCUCAUAGACCCUAAGGAAAGCCCGGAAACACGUGACGCGAAAACACCCAUCAUCUUGCAGCAUGGGCUUUUGCUGUGUGCUGGUGCAUAUUUGGCGCCCGGCAGAAACUCACUUCCGUACUUUUUCUUGCAUCAAGGAUACGACGUGUGGAUGGGCAACAACCGAUGUGGCUUCAAACCAAACCACCUGACGCUCAAGGGAAAUCUCAUGCAUAACGAGCAUUUUUGGGACUGGGACGUGCGUCACUUGGCGUAUUACGACUUGCCUUGCAUCAUCGAUAACGUCUUACUGCAUAAGCCAAACCAUGCCAAAGUGUAUUUGGUGGGCCACUCACAGGGAUGUACCCAGACACUCUUGCUUCUUCGAAACGAGCAACUUAAAGAGCACCAUGCGAAAAUCGAGCACUUCUUUGCAUUGGCGCCCGCGGCGUUUCCGGGCAGGCUAUUCCACGAGCGUAGCUUCAUAAAGUUCAUCCACAGCAAGUCGCCGCGGAUGUACAAAAUGAUCUUUGGCAACUGCUGUUUUUUGGCUAUGUUGACCCAGCUUCGAAACUUGAUGGGAACCACCAUGUUCUUUAGCACUCUCUCAUACCAGAUUUUCAAGUACCUAUUUGGGUGGAACAUCCGCAACUGCUACAACCACAAGAAAGUCAUCCAUGUGCAGUUCCUCUUCAAUGCCAGUCUUGUUUCGGCAAAGUUGAUGUCAUGGUGGCUUUCCUAUUCUGUGGAGGAGGGCUUUCUGAACCAGCUCCAGCUGAAACAAGCGUAUAAAGACAGGACAACGGCGGACUUUACGCCCCUCAAUAGCCGAGAUGAGACUGUGCCUAUUCAAAAUGAGGACCUCGAAAAGAACAUGGGUGAAAUCGACGACGCUCACGAUAAAGACAGUAAGACACUUUUCCCGUACAAGGCCGAGUGGUUUUCCACCACCGAAAAAACCAACAUCGUGCCCAUGAUGGUGUUUGUGGGUGGCGAGGACUACUUGGUGGACGGGCUCCGGUUUGCCAGUCACAUGAAACACUACGAGCGCCACUUCUACUCCCAGCCAAAAAACUUGGAGGUCGUGGAGCUUGCCGAAUAUAACCAUCUUGACGUGAUCUGGGCCCUGAACUGUAUCGGGACCAUCGGCAUGCCGAUUGUUGAAAGGAUCAACGCCCAGAGCGGAGAUGCGUCGGUCCAGGAUUGA